CGAAUGCGGGUCGCCUGAGCCCCUACCCAUGUGCACCAGUGGGGCCUGCUCUGGCGUCUGCUACUCCACCUUGCCGUAUAAAACUCUUACACAAUGAAGUUCACACUCAUCGUUUCUCUUCUCUCUGCCCUCACCCUCCCGGCAUUCGCAAUACCCGCGGAUGUCACAUGGGAUGGUACGUACAGCAACCCUGACGCAUCCCUCAAUAUCGUCUCCUGCUCUGACGGCAAGAAUGGUCUGUUGGCCAAGGGUUACACCACCUUCAGCUCCCUCCCCUCAUUCCCCAACAUCGGAGGUAUGCCAGGUACGAUCUGGAACUCCACCUUAUGUGGUUCCUGCUGGAGCCUCAAGUACACCACGCCCAGUGGCAACCAGACUACUGUCUACGUCACCGCCGUUGAUAAUGCUUUCACGUACAACAUCUCACCGCAGGCAUUCGAUGAGUUGACUGAAGGGACUGGGUUCGAGAUCGGUAAAGUUAGAGCCAGAGCCCUUCGGGUUCCUGAUGCCAGGUGCGGCAUGUAGAGGCAGUCUCGUAGAAGGUCCUAGGAAUUUUUGAGCAUCGAACAAUAUCUGGAGCGUUUAUGAGUGGGGCAUCUCAGACAUA